UUUAGUUAAAGCUGAUUCAAUAGGACAGGUUAUUGACUAGAGUUGACGUAAUUUCGCUGAUGAAAUAUUUCUGCAUUCAAGACAAACAUGCAGUCGUUUUCUAGGCAGAUUUAUCAGAGACUAAAAGUCGGUUUGCAAGUCUUUCGUAGAUAUUCCGGCAAUAACACGUCAGCAGAAACAAUUAAUAAAGGAAACAGCAGUAAUAAACUACUCAAACAGAUAGAAGCUAGAAUUUUAGCUACAGGUCCCAUAACAGUAGCUGACUACAUGAAAGAAGUACUAACCAAUCCAUCUGCUGGUUACUACAUGAGCAAGGAUGUGUUUGGAGAAAAAGGGGAUUUCAUAACAUCACCAGAAAUUUCACAAAUGUUUGGAGAGCUGAUUGCCAUCUGGCUUAUAAAUGAAUGGACCAAAUGUGGAAAACCAACACCUUUUCAAAUAGUAGAACUGGGUCCUGGAAGAGGAACACUGAUGUCUGAUGUCCUACGGGUGUUUUCAAAAUUUAAGAUGGCAGAAUCUGAUUUCUCUGUUAGCUUAGUAGAAGUUAGUCCAUACUUGAGCCAAAUUCAAGAGAAAUGCCUCUGUAAAACUCAAAAUGAAAAAAUCAGUGAAUUGCCUAUAGAUUCUCAACAUUACAAGGAAUCUAAAUCAUUGUACGAAUCACCUGUGCGGUGGUACAACCACAUAUCGGAUCUCCCACGCACCUUCACUCUUUUUCUAGCUCACGAGUUCUUUGACGCACUACCAAUUCACAAGUUAGUUAAGGUCGAUCAGGGCUGGAGAGAAGUUUUGAUUGACCUUAAUCGAGAAGACUCCACCUUGCGAUACGUUCUUUCCCGCGAACGCACUCCCGCUUCUCUCUAUUGUCGGGAAAAUGAAGUCAGAAAAGAUCUUGAAAUUAGCCCACAGAGUUCAGUCAUGAUUCAAGUAAUGGCUUCUAGAAUUCAUCAAGAUGGAGGUAUUGGAUUGGUGAUCGAUUAUGGCCACGAAGGGGAUAAAACUGAUACUUUUAGAGGCUUUAAGAAUCAUAAACUCCACGACCCACUAGUCGAACCUGGAACAGCAGACUUGACGGCCGAUGUUGAUUUCUCUGCAUUAAAGUGGGCAGCUACUCACCCCAGAUCUGUUGAAGACUGGAAAGCAAAUUUAACAUUUGGCACAGUAGACCAGAAAGACUUUCUAACGAGAAUGGGGAUCAAUAUGAGGCUUCAGAAACUCCUUGCGUCUUGCCGAAACGAAAAACUGGCUAAUGACUUGAAAUCAGCACAUCGGAUGUUAACGGAUCCUAUGGAGAUGGGCAGCAAAUUCAAGUUCCUUGCUCUCUACCCAGCAGUGAUGGAAAAAAUUCUUUUGAAAUAUCCUCCUCCAGGAUUUAGUUAG